AUGGUUCUUGUUCAUCUCAAGAGUCAUCGACGAGCAGUAGCUUCAACUUACACCAACCCCACGUCACCCACUUCCUUUACCGCGUGCCUUUGGCAAACGACUCUCGCUAAUAUAAGAGACACUCGCUUUCACUACGCAAUGAAGUUUUCGCAGUUGGUGUCCGCCGCUGGGCUCGUAACCUGUGCCCAGGCUGGAGGGACGGAUGCCAGGACUAUCUACACCACGGUCAUCACCACCGCCUACGAGACGUACUGUCCUUCGCCGACCACCUUCAUCCACCAGAACGUCACUUACACGGCGACCUCGGCAACCACGCUCACCAUCACGAACUGUCCCUGCACCAUCACCACUCACCGGCCGCCCCCAUACACCACAACCAAGACGAUUUACCCUCCGCCGGUGGUGAACACCACGGUGGUCCCCCCGCCUGUCCUCAGCACCACCAUCAAGACCAUCAAGACUCCGCCCCCCAAGCCCACUUACCACAACACCACCGUGAUCGAGCACACGCCUAAGCCGCCCAAGACCACGGACUACCCACCUCACACUGAGACCGUCACCCCCAAGCCGCCCAAGCCCACCUACCAUAACACCACCGUGAUCGAGCCCACGGACUACCCACCUCAUACUGAGACCGUCACCCCCAAGCCGCCCAAGCCCAGCCACCACUCCAACGUCACCUCGACCGUCGUCAUCGUCGUCACGCCGCCCGCAGUGACGAACAUCGGCCACACCACCCCCGUCACCCACACGACUCCCGUCACAGAGCUCCCGAGCAGAACGCCCGUCGGCCCGUCGACCACUCGACCCGUCACCAUCCCCGGGAGUGGCGCCGGGGCGCUCACCGCGAGCGCCGGCGCCGCUGUCCUGGCCGGUCUUUUGGCACUACUCUUCUAAAUCUAAACAUCAAAUCCAGUGGGGGGGUUCAGCCGAGCCUCUCUCGCAAGGCUGGGCGAGGGUCAACUCAUUGUCAGGAGACGUGAUGUCUUGGAACGCAUCCCUUUUUUAUUCUGAACCUUCCUUUAUGGCCGGCAAAAGUGGGAAGGGGAAACCCGGAUGAGCAAUUGCGUUUUUCUUAUACAUAUAUUGAUACCAUACGGCAUUUUGAAUACUUGGGAAGCACGGAGGUCAUCUACUGGAGUAUGGAGAGAAAGAGAGAAAGGAAGGAGUCGGGAUUCUGCCAUAGCCGGAGGUGUCAUCAGCAUACACAGACAGUCCUUACGAGUAAUGAUAACGCACACAAACGGGAUGCUCGCGAGGGGAAGCGAGCUUCGCCAAAACGAUCCUUUGACAAACCAAUGCCAUCAGGCUGCCGGUGUCCCUCGACGUGGUGAUGGCGGCUAAUGGCGAACGGAGAUCCAGGGCUCGUGUCAUGACGCGGCGUUAUCUAUCGAUAUGGCGCCAAUGCCAAGAAUAUCGCUCUCUUGCAGCUGACCGCAUGCGCGGAGUUGCUGACCAUCGGUUUUGUGCCGUCCAGCGAACCCCAGCGAGAACGGCCUCGAGUGAUCUGUCCGCCCGCCGCCUCGUGGCCGGCAGAACCCUCUAGCAGCAGUCAUAUACCUCGACCGGGA